UCCAACCCUCUGAGGUUCUGAGGUGUGUCCUCACACAGAUGCAGGUAUAAUGGACUUGGUUCAGACAGAGCAGAUAAUACUUGUAUCAGUGUGUGAAGGCUGUGAACAUGUUAAUGCAGGUUGUGGACACCAACAAUCAGGGACAGCUGAAGUAUGAAGUCAUUACAGACAAUAUGUGAAUGAAUGAAUGUCUACAUUUUCUGUAUCACUACAGGGCCACAUCUGCAGCGUAGCAGCAGCUUUCAAUGGCUUCCACCUACCUUGUCUGAGCUGAGGGUUGUUCUGCUGGGGAACAGCUGGUCUGAGAGGAGCUCAGUGGGGAACUUCAUACUGGGAGAGACUGUGUUUGACACUGAGGGACAACCAGACCUUCAGACAGCCAGAGGACAGUGGAAGGACAAAGAAAUAGUUCUCAUCAACAGCCCAGAUCUGCUGCUUCCUGACGUCUCUGAAGACAGACUGAGACAAUAUGUAGAGGACUGUGUGAGAGUCUCUGAUCCUGGACCUCAUGUGUUCCUGCUGGUUCUACAGCCUGAAGACUUCACUGAGGACCACAGACUGAGGCUCUGCAGAGUCCUUCAGCUCUUCAGUGAUCGAUCAUUUGAUCGUUCACUGGUUCUGAUAUCAGCACCCAGAGAGGAGAGUCCAGGCUCCAUGGAACAGUUCAGGCAGCAUCCACCCUUAAAACACAUGAUCAGAUUAUGUAGAUACAGAUGGUUGUGGCAGAAGCAUCUGGAACAUCCAGAGCUGUUAACACGGUUGGGUCAGAUUGUGCAGGAGAACAACACAGAGCAUCUGAGCUGUGACGUAUUUGAUGAUGAGGAUUCAGGUUUAACCAUGAAACCAAAGUCUGGACACAUCGAACCUCUGAACCUGGUUCUGUGUGGGAGGAGAGGAGCAGGGAAGACUUCAGCAGCCAAGGCCAUUUUAGGUCAGACAGAGCUUCGUUCAGUCUCCAACUCAUCAGAGUGUGUUAGACAUCAGGGAGAGGUGAGUGGACGUCGGGUUUCCCUGGUGGAGCUUCCUGCCUUGUUUGGAAAACCUCCGGAGACAGUGAUGGAGGAAUCACUCAGGUGUGUCUCCCUCUGUGACCCUGAGGGCAUCCAUGCCUUCAUCCUGGUCCUACCUGUGGAUCCCCUCACUGAUGAAGACAAGGGAGAGUUAGAGACCAUCCAGACCACAUUCAGCUCUCCAGUCUAUGACUUCACCAUCAUUCUGUUCACUGUGGAGUCAGAUCCUACUGAUCCAGCUGUUGUUGACUUUCUGAAUAAAACUCAGUCGAUCCAGGAGCUCCGUCAGAGCUGUGGAGGAAGAUCUGUUGUUCUCAACAUCAGGGACAAGCAGCAGGUCCCUGAGCUGUUGGACGCUGUGGAACAGAUGAGACACAAUGAGGACAAACAGUGCUGCUACACAACUCAAACAUUUGCUCGUGUCCAAAUAGAAAAGACCAAAGAACAAGAGACAAAGAUCAGACAACAAGAGACAAAGAUCAGAAUUCAACAGGCUGAGCUUAAAGAGCUGAAAAACAAGGGCAGCUGUGAUGAAGAGACACAGAGUCCAGAGUGUCUCAGGAUUGUUCUGAUAGGGAAGACUGGCUGUGGAAAGAGUUCUUCAGGAAACUCUAUUCUGGGAAGAAAGGAGUUUAAAGCCAAAUCAAGUCAAAUAUCAGUCACUAAGUUGUGUCAGAAAGCAGUGGGGGAGGUGGACGGUCGUCCUGUGGCUGUGGUCGACACUCCUGGUCUGUUUGACUCAACCUUGUCCAAUGAAGAGGUUCAGGAGGAGCUGGUGAAAUGCAUCAGUCUUCUGGCUCCAGGACCACAUGUCUUCCUGUUGGUGUUACAGAUCGGCAGAUUCACUCCAGAGGAGAAGGAGACGUUAAAUUUAAUCAAGAAAGGUUUUGGGAAGAAUUCUGAGAAGUUCACCAUCAUUCUCUUAACUAGAGGAGACACACUGGAACGUGACGAACUGUCCAUUGAAGAAUACAUUGAAGAGGAAAGUGAUGGUUCCUUUAAGAAGCUGAUCUCUGACUGUGGAGGACGAUACCAUGUGUUUAAUAACCGUGAUAAACAAAACCGUACACAAGUCAGUGAACUGAUAAAGAAGAUCAACACCAUGGUGAAGGAAAAUGGAGGCAGCUGUUACACCAAUGAGAUGCUGCAAGAGGCUGAGGCAGCGAUACAGAAAGAAGUGAAGAGGAUCCUGAAGGAGAAGGAAGAAGAGAUGGAGAGACAGAGGGAGGAACUGGAGAGAAACCAUGAGGAAGAGAUGCAGGAGAUGAAAAGAAGAAUGGAAGAACAGAGAGCAGAAACUGAAAAGGAGAGAAAACAGAGAGACAAAGAACUCAAGGAAAAGGAGGAAAACAUAAAGAAGGAGCGUGAACAAAGACAGAAAGAACAGGAAGAGAGAGAAGAAGAAGAUAGGAAGAGGAAACAACAAGAACAUAAUCAGCGUCAGGAGUGGAAAGAAAAAUAUGCAGCUUUGGAGAAAAAAAUCCGAUUAGAAUCAGAGGAAAAAGAAACGAUUGAUAAACAGCUGGAGCAGAGUAAAGAAGAGAUGAGAAAACAACAAGAGGCCUGGGAGAAGAAACAGAAAGAGUGGUGGGACAAACGAUCUGAAGAAGAUAAACAAAGACGACAGGAGGAACAAAGAAAACUGAAAAAACUCCAAAAAGAAUAUGAACAGGAAAGAAAAAAAUCUGAAAACCAACGAAGAGAAGAAGAUCGAAUCAGACGAGAACAAGAGGAGAAGGAGAGAAAAGAAUUAGAGGAAAAGUAUAAGAACACACUGGAGGAAACGAAGAAGAAAUACGAAGAGGAGGCAAGAAAACAAGCUGAAGAAUUCAAUGAUUUCAGAGAGAAAUACAUGAAAGACUUUGAAAGUCUGAUGGAAAAACAUGACGAGGAACUGAAGACUCUGAGGGAACAGCAUGAGAAAGACAAGCAACAGACAGAAGAGAAACACCGCAAAGAGUAUAAUCUGUUACAAGGUCUCUCCAGUCACAAAGAAAAACAACUGGAAGAAGAAAUAAGUAAGAAAGAAAAACGACUGGAAGAAGAAAUAAGUAAGAAAGAAAAACGACUGGUAGAAAUGGAGGAGCUGAAGAAAAAGCAACAAGAAGAAAUAAACAACCUGAAGGAGCAACACGAAUCGGCAUGCACCAUCUGCUGAUGAUGCUUCCACUGCAGCAGCUCUCUGUAUUAUUCAUGAUGAUGGUACAACAUCAGUUACUCAGCAUCAGUUAAUCAGCAUCAGCUUUCAGCAGAUCUUUCUGCUGCUGCUGUUUAAUGACGUGUGACAACAGAACAAACUGGACAUUUAUCCUCUGUAAACCACAGCACACACACUGUUUCCUGGCAGACAUGUGGAGAUGCAGUCAGCUCUCAGCUCAGGAUCAAAGAGCAGUCAGUCUCUGUCAGCAUGUCCUCACACACAUCAGGUGUCUCACACUGUCCACUUCAGGUGUCCACAGAGCCCAGUUUAACCAUCUCUGCACCUCCUCAUCUUCCACGUGUGGAACAUGAAGCUGGUCGACACCAUCUAACAGCUCAGCACCAACCUUUGACCCUUCAGGGCUCAUGGGUGACAUCUAAUGGUUCUGUUGGGAAUUUAACCUACACACACAGCUUUGUACUUAAAGAGGUGUGAGCUGCUGAAUGCUGCACUGGAGCUUACAAUGGAAGAGGACGUCACAGGACUUUAACCAGUUAUGUGACUGAUUUAAUGAUUAAUGUUCAUCCAGUGUUUUGUAGACAGUGUGUGUGAGGACAGAGCUGAAUACGAUGUCUCUAACUGACCUGCAGGACAAAUCCUGAUGACGUGAUUAGGUCAGGAAAGUGGACAACAAAGAACCAGAGACACAGGAAGGAGACAGAGUUUUUGACUGGAUCACCACAGACAGCCUGAGAAAACAUGAUGCUAAAUAUGAGACAAAUGGAAAAUAGAUGGAAACGGUUCACUGGGUUCAACAAGCCUGAGAACAGAUAAAUAAACAGAGAUGUAGAUACGUUCGAGCUGAUAUGCAGCAGUUAAAUUUUCUUUUACAUUUUUAACAUCUGUU